AGUGUCCACACACAGGAUUUCACGGCAUCUCUCAAAGAGUUUAUGCUUUGCUUUGGCCUCCUUACCACCCAGACAAAAACAACACCUACGUAACACUCCAUAACUGUCAUCGUCGUUCUUAUGUUCUUAUGCAUAAGUAACAACCAUUUCCACUGCCACCUCACAUUCCUCACUCCUUACUCACUAUUUUUACUCCAAAGAAGUUUCCUCUCUCUUUAUUUCUUUUUUCUUUUCUGUUUGUCUUUCCAGCUAAGUAAUUUGCGUAAACAAAACCAGACAUGUAUUAUUGUGUAGAACAAAAGGCGAUAAUAAGCAGAGAAGCCCACAAAAUUCACUAUGAAACCUCACCAUCAUCAUUUCACCUUCUUUUUCAUUCUAUCAUCAUUCUCUCUACUUCCCACUUUCAGAGCUAUCAACACAACAACUCAAUUCCGCAUUUUCAAUGAAACAAGAAGGAUUCUCCACCAGCCUCUGUUCCCGGAGCUCUCAGCUCCGCCGCCACUCACCCCACCGCCCCCUCCGCCCCCGGAUAUUCCUUCUUCUCCCGACAUUCCUUUCUUCAAUGAGUAUCCCGCGGGGCAGCCGCCGCCAGUUCAGAACCUGCCUCCGGUUACAUCCUCCGGCGCCGUGAUCGCGAACCCGACGGCGACACAGCCCACGAAGCCGGCCAAGAAGGUGGCAAUUGCGAUCUCCGUGGGAAUCGUGACCCUGGGAAUGUUCUCCGCGUUGGGCUUCUUCUUGUACAGGCACAGAGCAAAACACCCAGUGGAAACGCAGAAACUCGUUUCUCGUAGGCUUCCGGAAGAUUCUCCGCGGGCCCCACCACCCUCGAGCUUCCUCUACAUUGGAACAGUGGAGCCCGCCAGAACGUCGCUCACCGAACCCAACGGAACGAACAUUAUCACUUCUCCUUAUCGAAAGCUUGAUUCUGUUAAGCUUAACUCCGAUCACCGAUACCGCCCCAGUCCCGAGUUGCAGCCGCUGCCGCCGCCUCAAAAGCCGCCGGACGAAAGCCACUCGCCGCCGGCAGGAUUCUCCGACACAUCAUCGUCGUCCGAGGAGGAAAGCUGUGAGACGGCAUUUCACUCGCCGCACGGGUCGUCGCUAAGCCGCGAAGAGAAUUGUUUCACGCCGGUGUCGCGCCACAGUUGUCUCGCCGCCGCCAUACCAGCGGCGGCUGCUGCUGGUCCGGUGGUUCCUUACUCGAAGAGAACUUCACCGAAAUCCAGGUUCUCUGCUCCUUCGCCGGAUAUCAGAAAUAUGAUCGUACCGCCGGCGAAGCAUUCUCCACCGCCGUCACAGGCGCCACCAGCUUCAACCAAAUAUCAGCAAAUAGAAAAAGUAACUAGCAUGGGUCCUUCUAGAAGACCGAAAUUCUCAUCGCCUCCCCCAGCACCGAAUUUGACUCAUCUUAUUAAGCCUACCGCUCCACCUCCUCCACCUCCUCCUCCUCCCCCGCCGCCGCCGUUUCAGAAGGGUUGGUCUCCGUCAAUCAGUGCAUCUUCGUCCUCUGUGCCAAGGAAGCAGCGAGAGUCUUGGUCUCGAAAUGGAGGAGGGUCUUCUGCUAACAGUGUUAGUGUAAGGAAAGGUUCUACUGAGGAAGUUGACAAAAGGCAUGGAGGUGAUGACGUGGGUGGAGCGAAACCCAAGUUGAAGGCUCUGCAUUGGGAUAAAGUUUGUGCUACUUCGGACCGUACCACUGUGUGGGAUCAGUUAAAAUCCAGCUCCUUUCAGUUAAAUGAGGACAUGAUGGAGACCCUGUUUGGCUGCAAAUCUACAGGUUCUGCUUUUAAAGAGACUGUCACUAGGAGAUCAGUUCUUCCCCCUGUUGAACUCGAAAAUAGGGUGUUAGACCCCAAGAAAUCCCAAAACAUAGCUAUACUCCUAAGGGCACUUAAUGUCACAAGAGAUGAGGUCUGCGAAGCUCUUUUGGAUGGAAACCCUGAAGGUUUGGGAACUGAGUUAUUGGAGACUCUAGUGAAGAUGGCUCUAACAAAGGAGGAGGAAAUAAAACUUAAAAAUUAUAAUGGUGACCUAUCAAGACUUGGUUCUGCAGAAAGAUUUCUUAAAGCAGUGCUUGAUAUCCCUUUAGCUUUUAAAAGAAUUGAAGCAAUGCUGUACAGAGCUAAUUUCGAAACAGAAGUUAACUACCUUAGGAAGUCCUUUCAGACACUGGAGGCUGCAAGUGAGGAAUUAAAGCACAGUCGGCUAUUCCUCAAACUUCUCGAAGCCGUUCUAAGGACAGGAAACAGAAUGAAUGUUGGCACAAACCGUGGUGAUGCUAAAUCUUUCAAACUGGACACACUUCUAAAACUGGUAGAUAUAAAGGGCACAGAUGGGAAGACAACGCUUCUCCACUUUGUGGUCCAAGAGAUCAUUAGAUCUGAAGGAACAGGUGGUGAAUCUGCGAACGAAAAUGUUCAAAACCAGACAACUUCCCAAUUCAACGAGGACGAGUUCAGAAAGAAAGGAUUGCAGGUUGUGGCUGGACUGAGUAGAGACCUAGGUAAUGUCAAAAAGGCAGCAGGAAUGGACUCGGAUGUGUUGAGAAGCUAUGUCUCAAAGCUUGAAAGUGGGCUAGAUAAAGUGAGCUUAGUUUUGCAAUGCAGAAAGCCUGAUAUGUAUGGAAAUUUCUUUAAUUCAACCGGGCUAUUUCUGAAAGACGCUGAAGCGGAAAUUGUUAGGAUCAAGGCUGAUGAGAGAAAGGCCUUGUUCCUUGUGAAAGAAGUUACAGACUACUUUCAUGGUGAUGCAGCAAAGGAAGAGGCGCACCCUUUCAGAAUUUUUAUGAUUGUGAGAGACUUUUUAAAUAGUUUGGAUCAAGUCUGUAAAGAAGUGGGAAGGAUGCAAGACAGAACUGUGGUUGGUUCAGCUAGAUCCUUCAGGAUAGCCGCAAGUGCAUCAUUACCUGUUCUCAACAGAUACCAUGCAAGACAAGAUAGCAGUUCAGACGAGGAAAGUUUAUCCCCCUAGUGCUGUGUAUAACAAAGAAAUGAGAGUGUCUUAGUAUAACACAAACUAAAAUGAUUGUUUUCCCAAAUUUAAGUUAAUUUCCCCUAUUAGGUCCAUAGGUAUAAAUUCAACAGAUUUUAUUUCUACCAAUGCCUAGAGAAUUCCUUCCACAAGAUUGAAGAACAAACAGUUAAAGGCACGAUGACGAGGAAGAUAAUAAGUUGUUGACAGGAUAUGUACCUUGCUUACCAUCUCCACUCAAUUUCAUAAGAACCCGAAUGAACAUUAAAUGGGAAGUUUAGUGCAAGACAUGCAUAGCUUUUGUUAGUUCAAAUCAAACCCACAUCCCAUAGUUAUGACAGGUUUUAUUAUAUGAGAUUCCCAUACAUUUUCAUACUAUAGAAUAAUACGAUACUAAUUUACAUGUAUUUUUCUAAUAAGUUAUUAAUGAUGAAUAGCAGUUUUUUUCAAAUCC